CACUACAGAGUGCUGACAACUUCUGUGGACCUAUCUGCACCACGCAGAGAUUUUUCUUUUUCGCAUUAAGAUGGAGCCAACUGAAGGUCCUUAUGAGUACUACGACUACGAUGAGACAGAAAACUCCACCAUGUGUGACUAUUCUGACUGGACACCGUCGUACUCCAUCAUCCCGGUGCUAUUCAUGCUUAUUUUCAUCCUCGGCCUCUCUGGAAAUGGGGUGGUGAUCUUCACCGUGUGGAGAGCCCAAGGUAAGCGGCGAGCUGCUGACGUCUACAUUGGCAACCUGGCCCUGGCUGACCUCACCUUCGUGGUCACCCUGCCUCUGUGGGCUGUGUACACUGCCAUGGGCUACCACUGGCCCUUCGGAGUGGCCCUGUGCAAGAUCAGCAGCUACGUGGUCCUGCUCAACAUGUACGCCAGCGUCUUCUGCCUCACCUGCAUGAGCUUCGACCGCUACCUGGCCAUCGUGCACUCCUUGUCCAGCACCCAGCUGCGCACCCGUGGCCACAUGCAAGCCUCCAUAACAGCCAUCUGGAUGCUGUCCGGUAUCCUGGCUGCCCCAACUCUGCUGUUCCGUACGACCAAAAAUGAACCAACCAGCAACCGCACAUCCUGCGCCAUGGACUUCAGCCUGGUGAUGACCAGGAAAGAUCAAGAGAACCUGUGGAUCGCAGGUCUCAGCAUCUCCUCUUCAGCUCUGGGCUUCCUUCUACCUUUCUUGGCGAUGAUGGUGUGCUACGGCUUCAUCGGCUGCACCGUCACCCGCCACUUCAACACCCUGCGCAAAGAGGACCAGCGUAAGAGGAGGCUGCUGAAGAUCAUCACCACGCUGGUAGUGGUGUUCGCCGUCUGCUGGAUGCCCUUCCAUGUUGUAAAGAGCGCCGACGCUCUCUCCUACCUGGAGCUGUUUCCCGCCACCUGUGCCUUCCUGCGCUUCCUGCUGCUGGCUCACCCCUACGCCACCUGCCUUGCCUACGUCAACAGCUGCCUCAACCCCUUUCUUUACGCCUUCUUCGACCUGCGCUUCAGAUCCCAGUGUCUGUGCCUGCUCAACCUGAAGAAGUCCUUGCACGCGAGCCCUAUCAGCUCCCUGUCCUCUCAGAAGACAGAGGCUCAGUCUCUGGCCACAAAGGUUUGACGACAGCUGAGGGCCCAGAGGCAUGCUGGGGAAGAGGAGAACAAUGCAGAACAAUGCAAGUAAAUUAAGACUGUACAGCACUAGGUGCUCGCUCACAGUUUCGGGGUGUCAUCCUUGCUCCUCUCUGACUGUGGACUACUGUAGGUGUUUGCUUGAACACGACAGUCAGACUUGGGGCUUUGGAGUCUGACCAAACUUCAGCCUCACUUUCAGGAGCAGGAGGCAAAACUGAACUAUUAAAUACGGGGGACCAAGCAUGAACCAGACUGAAUGUAUUUUUAAAAGGAUCACAUGUUUAUGUGUUUCUCCUGUGGACUUUAAUGCAAAAUACUGAGCUGUUGAACUCUUGCUUCUGAAGUCCCGGUGAAGUGUAUAACUCGUGCAUUUGCCCCCGCUGUUCUUGUUUUCAUUUGUAAGCACUUGAGGUGUGAUACCAACCAGACCGCCAUGAUCUCCAGCUCAAAUUGUAGUAUCUGUAUCACAGCCAGCAGUGUUACAUAUGUGUGUGUGUGUGUGUGUGUGUGUGUAGAAAGGGUGUAGAGGUCAGUAAAAAGUGUUGGGAGUCUGACAAAAGUGUUGUAAGGAGAGACGGAGAUAGUGGGGUGGGUGGGUGUGGGUCCCAGACAGACAGACAGAUGGCAGCUGACAAAUGUUUUCAGGCUGGCGGAGGGCCCAAUUAAAAGGUGACUGCUUUAACAGUCUGCUGGCAUGCGUGUGAGUGUGUGUCUGUGUGUGUGAAGCAACGACUUUGUUUAUAAAGCGUCAGAAUGACAAUGAAUUUGUUCCUGACGUAUACAUGAAAGCAUUUUGUGAAUACGCAUCAUUUUGAAUUGUCUAUGAUUUGUAAUAAAAAGAAAAGUGCUUUGAAAA